UAUUUCAUAGGUUAUUCGAUUCGCUUGACAAGGUUGUAAACUUGUAAUUGCACCUACGAGUCUACGACGGGGAUUGUGCGCCCACGAGCCAGCGCUCGUUAUUUUCGUUAGUCAUUUCUCAAGCUUCAACAAUCACCACCCAGAUUCUUCAAGUGUUGACUCAACCAAAAUGUCCAGCCAAAACCAAAGUACAAAACACUUUUCUUCAACACCAAAACAAGUCGUUCAACCCAAAUCAUCACUCCAUCUAAUCUAUCUAACCGGUCUGCUCACUCUGCACACUCUUCAAACGACCUUAGCCAAUAAUAAAUAAAAAUAAAUAAAAAAGAAACUAUUUUUAUUUUAUUUUUUUUUAUUUUUUAAUAAUUGAAUUGAAAGUUGAAACUUCAAGGCUCCAAGCAGUGACCACUAAGCAGCAGCAGAUAGGUUUCCCUUUCCCAGAAGUGCUUCCUUACGGGUUAGGACUGCUUCAGUUUUAGCGUAAGCUCUCAUCAUUAACCCUUGCUUCAUGUUGCUAAUUCUGUCGCAGAUUGAUUGAUUAACAAAAGUGAGCGAAUCAAGUGUGUCUCCAUGUCCUUCCUCUCUAUCUGCCUUCUUAUUUGUUUCUGUUUUCAGAGUGUAUCAUCUGAAAAUGUAUCCGGAAGUGACCUACAGCAAGCUAGCAUCCCACCAAGAGGUUGGAAUUCCUAUGAUUCUUUUUGUUGGACAGUUUCUGAACAGGAAUUCUUACAAAAUGCUGAAAUAGUGUCUCGAACACUACAUGAUCAUGGAUAUGAGUAUGCUGUGGUGGAUUACCUUUGGUAUAGAAGGAAAGUCAAUGGCGCUGGACAUGAUUCUCUUGGGUUUGAUGUGAUUGAUGAAUGGGGGAGAGUGAUUCCUGACCCUGGAAGGUGGCCUUCUUCCCUAGGUGGAAAAGGGUUCAUUGAAGUUGCUAAUAAGGUACAUAGCAUGGGUUUGAAAUUUGGGAUUCAUGUUAUGAGAGGGAUAAGCACACAAGCCGUCAAUGCAAACACUGCUAUCCUAGAUACAGCAACGGGAGGUGCUUAUCAAGAAUCUGGUCGAGUUUGGGGUGCCAAAGACAUAGCAAUCCCAGCAAGGGCUUGUGCAUGGAUGCCUCAUGGUUUCAUGAGUGUAAAUACAUCAUUGGGAGCUGGGAAAGCUUUUUUGAGAUCCCUUUAUGAGCAAUAUGCUUCAUGGGGUGUUGAUUUUGUGAAACAUGACUGUGUAUUUGGUGAUGACUUGGAUUUAAGUGAAAUAAGCUAUGUAUCAGAGGUUCUAAGGAAGCUUGAUCGCUCCAUUGUAUAUUCCUUGUCUCCUGGAACUAGUGUGACCCCAGCCAUGGCCAAGGAUGUCAUUGGACUGGUCAACAUGUAUCGUAUUACAGGAGAUGACUGGGAUACAUGGUGGGAUGUAAAAUGUCACUUCAACGUAACAAGGGAUUUUGCAACUGCUAAUCUGAUAGGAGCAACAGGCUUAAAUGGGAAAUCCUGGCCUGAUUUGGACAUGCUUCCAUUUGGAUGGUUAACAGAUCCUGGUGUAAAUGAAGGUCCACACAGGUAUUGUAGACUCAAUCUAGAAGAGCAAAAGACACAGAUAACACUUUGGGCGAUAGCAAAGUCUCCCCUAAUGUAUGGAGGGGAUCUGCGAAAAAUUGAUCCUACAACAUAUGGCCUUAUCACAAACCCUACUCUUCUGGAGAUCAACUCUUUUAGCUCAAACAAUAUGGAGUUUCCUUAUAUCACAAGCUUGAGGAGUGAAGGUCAAGAUCUUGGAGGGCAAAUGAGAAGAUAUAUCAAAGAAACAAAGACCUUAUAUACACAUUCAUUAGGUCUCACUAACUGCUCUGAUCCGAAGGCAAGUGCUUGGACUAGUGAAACUGUUGACCAAGAUGUUGAAAGGAUCUGUUGGAAAGGGACUUUGAGAAACAAGCCUUUGGCAGCUUUCUGUGUAAACAAGAGAAAACUUCACUUCAAAUUUAUUGAAGAGAGUUUGUCCCAACUGAACCUUGGAAGGAAAUAUCAUUUAGUUGCAACCAAUAGAAUAAAAUUUUGCUUGGAUGCUUCUCCUAGACGAAAGCUUACUUCUAACGAGUUCGUUAGACGCCCAUUUUCUCCGUGCAAAUGGGAUGCAUAUCAGAUGUGGGAACUGAACCCUAAUGGGACGCUGGAAAAUAGUUAUUCUGGCCUAUGUGCAACAAUGGAGCCUGUCAAAGCUACUAUUAACUCCGGUGGGCUUCGCUCUUGGAUUGCAACCGGAAGAAAUGGAGAAGUCUAUGUUGCUUUCUUCAAUCUAAAUGAGCAGAAGACUGUGAUAUCUGCCCAGAUAUCAGACAUUGCUAAAGUUCUUCCAGGCACAGACUUAAGUUCUUGUGAGGGCACUGAAUUGUGGAGUGGAAGUGACGUGGUAAUAUCACAGGGUGCGUUAUCAACGGCGGUUGAAGCGCAUGGAAAUGCGCUAUUUGUACUAAGCUGCAGUCCCAAGAACAAAAUAAAAAUGGUUGUCACUGCUGAUGCAUAAUUUCUUCCUUUUUUUUUUUUGGAAUUAUUUCCGAAAAUUUGAAAUGUAAAAUAAGACAAGUCACCAAAGAGUUGUAUUUUUCAGAGUUAUAUAAGAUGGGGUGAUUAACACGAUUAUGGGCUGAUGCAUUUGGCAGCAACUA